UUACUGGCUUAAUCGAUCAUCGCACUGAAACUUGCGCGGGGGUCCACCAAGGCCCUUUGUGGGUCGGUGGUAUCAGUCUUUGCGGCAAGCUUCCGAGCAUUGGCCUGGCUUAUCAGGUGUUCUCCCCCUCCCCCCUCAGUUCACCGUGCGCCUAAACCAAAUAAGGGGGCAAAGCGUUUAUAUGCGACUCACGUGUACUGGAGUGAGUGUAUGGCUCUAUACAACACACAUCAAUCCUCCAUACAGCAGCAUUCGCCCCUCUGUAUAUACGAGACGACCGAGAUUGCCUUUUCGGUGAAUAACCUGAAAAAAUCAAUUCCCCACCCAACCCCCUCUCUAGUUGCGCGCUAUCAAAAUAAUGGCAUUUUUAUAUAAAACCGCAUCUUGCAUUCUUUUGCACUUGAUAACCUGCUUUUCUUGUUUGCCUGUCCUUUAACAAAACAAAAAAAAAAAAGUUUAAACCUACCUGACACACACACACACACUCUCUCUCUCUAUCUGACACACACACACACACACAACAAAACA